UUAUAAUUGAAAUUUAGACAGAAUGAUUGACAUUCCAAUUGCAGAAAAACCUUGCGACUCUACUGGAACUGCUUCAAAGACUAUUUACAAGUCAAAUGAUGAUAUCUAUCUUGGUGGUCACACCGCCCAGAUAGAAUACAAGAAGAAUGACGUCUUCUUGCUCUCAACCAUCUAUGGUCCUCACAUUUGUACUCAAUUCUUCAAGAAAGAUAGUGAAAGAUGAGUAAUUGACGUAAAAUGUAAGUUCCCUGCCAGCUCAAGGGAUGAUCCUAUUGAGGAAGAACUUCAGAACCAACUGAAGAAUCUCCUUGAGGGAUGAAUCAAGGGUAAAAACUACCCUGGAUGAAUCAUCACAGUGAUUAUAGACAUUUGCAGUGUUCAUAGCGAACUCGCCAAAUUGUCUCUUCUGUCUCAUUGCUUCAACAGCGUGAUGUAUUGCUUCAAUAGAGCAGGAGUCGCUCUUAAAGUAAACUCUUUUGCUUUAACAUAUUCCAUCCAAGAAAAAGAGGAGGAUUCUGAGUUUAUCGUCCAUCCUACAGACAGUGAAAUCGAAGAAGCAGAUUCUGUAUUGACUAUAAUCACAAACCCAUUUGAUAAAGCUGACAAUAUUUUAGAGAUUAUUCCUCAUAAGGGAUUCUUUGAUUUCGCCAUCAUCUGUUCAGAUACAUUCAUUAAGAGUUCUGUGAAAGAGCAGUGAAAGAAGUAUACAGCAUCUAGCCUCUUGCAGGCACUUGAAUAGACAGUGAUUAGUACAACUUUUGACAAAGAAAUU